AUGCCUGGAUGCUCUUGGGUGGAUGGCCUGGGCCUUUUGAGGCGACCGAGCUCCACUUGGAAUGGCGACGUCGCGGCAAGGCCGUCUUUCCUUGCCACUUCCCUGGUGGUUUUGGCGAGCUUGCUGGAGUCACUACAGCUCUUCAUGAUCUUGGGCGCAAUGAAAGUGGGGAGUUUUACUUGGAAGGACGAGGCGCUCCGGCUUUUCCUCGCCUUCCCCUUGGGCAUUGUGGACCUUGGCUUCAGGACAGGACUGCUUUGCCUGCUUUUGGUUUUGGUUCUCCUGGUGCAUCACUGGAUACUCAUCCUGGUGAUGUUUUUGCUGGGAGAGGGUUGGCCCUACGUGCCGCCCAUGGCUACGAGCAAUCGGUGCCUAGCUGGUGGUUUUCAGGUGCUGAUGCUGCUCGCCUCGCGUCAGCGCCUCCUUGCAGAGGUGCAAGGCCUUGGGACGAAGCAGCUCAAGCACGUCUUGGCUCCUGUGUUGAGGGAUUUGCUUGCGGAGCUGGUGCAUUCAGACUACUCCUUCUCGGGGCCACGGGCUUCGAGAAAGGAUGAUUGGUGGGGCCACGGCGCCUCGACUUGGCAUGAUGAAGGCGGCCAGUGGGUCUCUGCGGGGACUGCUACCGAACGCUAUGACUCCUGGUCUUGGGAUGAUUGGUGGGACUACAAGAAUGAAACCACGGCCGGCCAGGACUUCACGACCGAGGCUUGGACUGAGGCGCCUGCGCAGCCUGUCAGGCGGGUCUCUGUGGCGUCGAAAUGGCGCGGUGGGAGCGACGAGGCCCGAGACGUUCCCACUGCAGUGGUGCCGCCCAAGGGCUCGCCUUCCGAGAGCCCCAAAAAGCGAUGGCGUCGCAGACGAGGGAACACACAUCAGGAUGACGAUCGUCGCGGUGACCAGGACACCGCGCUGCACUCUUGGAAACUCAAGCGCGAUGUCUGGCAGGCUAGGGCCCCUUUGGCUUUCAUCGAGACCGCCAAGGACAUGAGCGAGCUCUUGGAUGCGGCGGCUGGGGUCUCGAUCCUUGCCUGGACUUCUAAUGCUGAGGUCGCGCAAGAGCUUUGGGACCUAGCUGAAGGUGAGCGAGCCGAUGCGGAUGGGGCGGACUGUUCGCUCACUUUGCUCUACGAGGCUAGCUCUGAGGAUGCUUGGUCUCCUGACGGCACCUCAGAUGUCACCAUCUUGCCUGUGCCGGGGACUGUUCUUGGCAAACUUCAACACAGAAAGUUUCACAUGGUGACUGCCGGUGGCGACCCUCCGCUUCUUUCCACUCGGACUCAGGGGACCUUUGCGGUGCGCAAGCCUCCUCCUUCGCUUCAGGCUUUGCGCGCCCAAUCAGUGGUGAUGCGCUUCACUGCUGAUGCAGCCUAUGGCGCCAUCGCCUGGGACGAGCUUUCCAAAAAUCCUGCAAAGUUUGCCCGCACCUGGGCAUCGCAGCAUGGCCUUCGUCAAGGUGACAUCUUGGAUGCCUAUGGCUUCGCUAAGCGUGGCGGCUCCCGACUCUCCGGCUUGCUGCGUAUCCGCAGCGAGGCCAUGGCUCGAAAAUUGUGGGCGGCUUCCGGAUCGCUUGCGGCUGGUGCGGUCUUCUUUGUGGACCUGACUGGCGAGGACUUCCGAGACACCAUUGCUGCUUGGGCCAAGGACACCGUGGUGGUUCAGUGGCAAAAGUGGGAGCCCUCCGAAACCUUCAAGGAGUAUCACAGCAAGGCGGCCAAGAACGCCCCGAUGGGAUUGGUGCUGGGCCGUGGACUUGGGCGGCGAAUUGGAUGCAAAGAUCCCAACUACGUCGCUGUCCCAGGCUUGUGGCGCGCUAAGGCGAUCAACUACGGCUUCAGCGAGGUCAACGACUUGCUCGGCGACUUGGGAUUCUCUGAGAUCACCAUACACGGUCGCCACAAAGGCCGAAAAUCCAAUGACUGGACUUUCAAAGCUGUUCGUGCUGAUGGUCAAGCUAUGCUACAACAGCAUGUCGACUGGGGCGCCGGGGCCCAGUCCGACCUCGUCAUCCUCAAGGAAAGCGCCCGCCGCGGUGCCCAUGUCGAUGUCAAGGCGCGCACCACGCCCAUUGCUGAGCGGCGUAGCAUUACUUUUGCUGACGCGCCACCCAAAUCGAAUGAGCGCAAGGGGCAGCAACAGCGUAAGCGCGCUGCUGCGGCCACUUCUUCUCCCGCAGGGCCUUCUUCUCCUGCUGUGCCUUCGGCUACCGUCCUGAACCCUUCGGAUGCGCAGAACUCCAGGGGUCAAAAACGUGCUGGGCCCGAGGACGAAGGCAAGAUGAAUGUUGAUGCAGAGACAGGAAAUGGCCCUGCCGAUGCUCAGCAUUGGAGUCCUGCGGCUACGUUGUUUGAAAAUCCGGGAGGAGGAAAUUGCCUCUUCUACUCGAUGGCACAAUGCGGUUUCGAGGGCAAAAGCAUCGACGACGUCACCCAUCGCCAGAUGAGACGGUUUGCACGCAGGUGCCUGGAAUCGUUUGCCGCUGACUUCGAGGAGAUUUGGAAGGAGGGUGGCGCCUACAACACGCUGGGUCGGACGACGAGUGAUCUUACUUGGCAAACCUUCCUCGAGGAAGUUUCGGCCAGUGCUAGCUGGGGGGGGGCUUUAGAGCUCAGUGCGGUUGCCCGUGCCACCAGCACGCGUACGUGGGUGUAUGAGAAGAAAGAUGGCUCUCUCAGGUUGAUCUACCCGGAGGGUGAUGGAGGCUUUGUUCUCUUGCAGUACGAUGAGGAGCAGCAACACUGGCAGGCCUUCCGCGACGCUGACGAGAAG